AUGCUCGCAAUAGCCAGCAUCGACCUCCAUGCCUGUGGCGAGAGUUUAAAUGGCGUUCGCGGAAUGCUGGACACACUUGUUGAGCCUCGGCGGAACCGUAGUGGUCUGGCGGAGGGUGAAGAGGAGGGGUUUAUCGCUUGGCCGGGGUUGGAUGACUCGCUUGCGGACCAUGAGAGGAUUCUCUGGAAUCAGGGGAUGAAGUAUGAGGAGCACUUGAGGAUCAUGGUAGUCAGGCAGGAGGUGAUGGGCCCUGGUGUAGCGACUGAGGUUGAACUGAAGGUGGCUAGGGAGUUGUGUGUGGAGUUUAUGGGCCUGGCGGAGAAGUAUCUGUGGUCUUUGAAAGACUUUCGGGCGUGCUGCGAUGUGGUUACGGAUGUGAAGGUGUGGAUGGAGGAUCGUGGAAAGUGUGGGAGAGAUGGAGGAGAGUGA